CUCUCAUAAAGCCAACACCCCUACUUAUAUAUAGCCAACCUUCACUCUUCCAUGCUUCUUCACUUCCAUCAUUCCUUUCUCAUCACUUUCCUCUUUACAUAAUUCCACAAACACUUUGGAUAGACACACUCAAACUACUAAUGGCACGACCACAACAACGUUUCCGAGGCGUGAGACAGAGACAUUGGGGCUCUUGGGUCUCAGAAAUUCGUCACCCUCUCUUGAAAACAAGAAUCUGGCUCGGGACGUUUGAGACGGCAGAGGAUGCGGCAAGGGCCUACGACGAGGCUGCGAGGCUAAUGUGUGGCCCGAGGGCUCGUACUAACUUCCCGUACAACCCAAACGCCGUUCCUUCUUCUUCUUCCAAACUCCUCUCCGCUACCCUCACAGCUAAACUCCACAAAUGCUACAUGGCUUCUCUUCAAAUGACCAAACAGGCCCAAACACAAACGCAGAGCACGAGAUUACGUCCGUUAUCCUUACCGCACACUCACGGCGUUAACAAUGUGACGUUGGACGAUGGGAAUCAGUACAACAUGGGAGGAGGAGUAACGGAGAUGAAGUGUGAAGAUGGAAACGCCAAUCUGAAACAGAACUUCAGGCCAUUAGAGGAAGAUCACAUCGAGCAAAUGAUAGAGGAGCUGCUUCAUUACGGUUCCAUUGAGUUUUGCUCUGUUUUACCUAGUCAGUCGCUGUGAGAAACAGCCGUGUCGCUUUAGCAUAACUUUUAUUUCCUUCCACAAGACGGCGUCGUAGAAUGAGUAGUAGUGAGGAGUACUAACCAAUUUCAAGACAUUUUGGUUUCAGUUGGCCUCUUUGAAAUACUCAUUCUCAAUCGAUCACAUGCUAUGUAAUGUAUAGUAGAUUAUAUUAUAUGAAAAGUGUUAUCAAUUUC